AUGGCUGAGAAACUAAAAAUACCGCAGGACACUAAGAUCUCAUUAACUCGGAAGGGUAACAAGCCUCUAAUGGAGAAAAGGCGGAGAGCCCGGAUCAACCAUCACCUCGACCAACUUGCUGGACUUCUUAGUGAGGGUCGUAAGAAAGACAGCACACGACACUCAAAACUGGAGAAAGCAGAUAUUUUGGAGAUGACUGUCAAAUACGUAAAGGAUUUACAAAACCAACUCAACAUGCAAUCCAUAACCGCUGACCCCAACAUGCACUCAAAAUAUAGAAUUGGUUAUAAAGAAUGUGCAAGCGAAGUAACUCGAUAUUUGAGUUCUGCUCAAAGUAUUGACGAGGGUGUUCGCAAUCGGAUUACCGAUCAUCUCGCCAACAGCAUUAAUGUAACUAGAACAAACCGUCCACAAGGCUCGAAACCAGUAUCGCGUGUGGAAAACAUCGAAAAGAAAGACAACACAUCAGAGAUCACUGUUCAGAAAACAGAAGUAUCGAAACAAGAGUUACCUGCUCCUGCUACUCGGACAACUGCUUCACCAACUGCCAAUCCGAUGAAGUCCCUCCAAGUUAACAUACCAAACUCCCUGCCUCUUUCAGGAAUUACAAUACCUGUGUUAGCGCCCGGUAGUGAAACGUUACUUAGCCCCCAAACAGCUGCCAUUUCUCUCUGCGACAAUUCUCUUCAUCCAGAUUCUUUAACUGUGCCAGAGAAUAGCAGACUUCAGUCCACAGCGACAACAGCUCCCAAUCUUGGAAAAACACAGGAAAAAUCUACACCUAAAGCAGCAAUGGAAAUUUCUCAAAACCGAAGACACUAUUUCCACCAAUCGAAACAAACUGUCUCAGUCCAGCCAUUUCUAACGACUAACACUCCAGCUGUAAAGGUUUCAGCUCCCUCGACAAGACUAACAGAUAAAAAAACAACUACAGUGACAGAACCCUUAUUGGUUAAACUCUCCCCAUCGCAAGUCGCUGGCUCAUUCCAGAUUAUUCCGGGAUCGAUCUACAGCGGACAACCAGUAGCACUUUAUCUGGCUCCAACUGCAACUAUACCAACUGUACCAGAACACGUGACAUCAUCAUCUACUAAUGCACUACCUCGUCCAGCAAUAACUGCUGCUUCUACAACUAACAGCGACUCGUUGUCCAUUCAUAUGCCGCAGGUAGUCACGGCAGUUGUUUCUCCACCAACUUUGGGCCUUCUUAGCCCACAAGCUGCCACUCCAGCUCCUACUAGUCUGCCAGGAUCAACUUGUUUCAGCCAUGUAUCUUCCAGUUUGCCUCUUUCAGCCUCGGUUUCAACUUCGUCUUACAACCCGUCUCUUUUUGCGCCGACUUCCGGUCAAGUAGCUUAUCCCCAAAGGUUGGAGACCGGAAAUCAUUCUUCCAGUUUACAUGCCAAUCAUUUGUGUUCUUCAGAAAAUGAACAAAGUUUGUGGAGACCCUGCUUUUUAUGUAUAUCUAAUAAUCUUUCUUUUCUUUUAUCUUUCUUUUCUUUUAUCUUUUUUCUUUCUUUUCUUUUAUCUUUCUUUUCUUUUAUCUUUUUUCUUUCUUUUCUUUUUUCUUUCUUUUCUUUUAUCUUUCUUUUUUUUUUUUUUCUUUUUCUUUUUUUUUUCUUUUUCUUUUAUCUUUCUUUUCUUUUUAUCUUUCUUUUCUUUUAUCUUUUUCUUUUUUUCUUUUAUCUUUUUCUUUUUAUCUUUUUCUUUUCUUUUAUCUUUCUUUUCUUUUAUCUUUCUUUCUUUUUAUCUUUCUUUUUUUCUUUUAUCUUUCUUUUUCUUUUAUCUUUCUUUUCUUUCUUGUCUUUUAUCUUUCUUUUCUGUCUUGUCUUUCUUUCUUUUCUGUCUUGUCUUUCUUUAAUAAUAAUUCAAUAG